UUUACAGAGGAGAGAGAAAGAAUUACAGAGAGAGGAAGAGAGAGCGGGAAAACACUUUCUUGGAGCCAUUAAUGGCGGAUAAAGGAGGAUUCGCUGAUCAAAAGAGAACUGUAGGCGCUGUUCGAGAUUCUGUAAGAAAAUUCUUUCAAGGUAGUGAAGAUGAAGAAGGAGAAGAAGAUUUUAUCGAGUUUCUUGGACUGAGUGAUGAUGAGGAUGAAGGUGAACUGAGUAAUGUUGAGGAUGGAGUAACGGAACAAGGAAUGAAGCCAGAGAUACUGCAAUAUCUCGAAGCGGAAGCAGCAAAAGUACAACAUGAUCAAAAGAAGAUUCGAGAUGAAAUUCGCGAUUCUCUCAAGAAGUUGGAACAAACUGUGGAUGCCGAAGGAGAAGGAUCGGAUUCCGAACCAAGAGGGUUCCGGAGGAUAAUCAAACAUCUGGAAUCGACGAUGGUUAGAAGAUCUGCCCAAGUUAAAGAUGUAAAAUCCAGUAAUAGCAAGGAAAUCGCAUUCCAAGAAGUGAAAGCACUUGAAGUUUUAGUUGCAACCAAAUUCUUGGUUCAAGCCUUCGAGUCUAAAUCGGAUUUUAGUGGAGAUGAGGUUUCAAACAUUAACUCAGCAAUCAAAGCUCUGGAGAAUCAACCAGUAAACCUUACUAUCUUAAAACAACCAAGACUAGGAGACCUCGCUGAAGGCUACUUUAAUAAUCAGAUUGAUCCGUUUUUCUCAAUUCUCGCUUCUUAUAAUCAAAUAAGGAAUCUUCAGGCUGCACUAGUGCAAGGUGCGGAGAAAGAUGCGGCUGAGCAUUUACCAGGCAAUGCAGGUGAGAUGGGCGAGGAGGACCAGCAGUUGGCUGUUGCUGAGGCUAUGCGUAUGAGCACUGGAGACUGACAACAAAGUGUCACCUCUGUCGUGAUGACGAUCCUAGAGAGUAUAAGUUCUUUCAAAUCAUUAAACAUAGACUGAAAGAGCAUUGUCUGUAUGGGAUGAUGAUUGUCUGUACUGUUUCAAAGAUGUAGAACCGCUUGUCAAUUACUUGUUGAAACCUUAUUUUUGGAUUUGCAUGUUUGCUCCACGUCUUAUUCACAAAUUUGUGUUGGGGUGGCCUUAUAAAGAAUCCAAGUAAUGCUUGUAUCACUAGCCUUGCCUGCUUUAGGUGGUCUUGUAAAGCUUUGCUUGCUGUUACUCACACUGGUAACAUGUCGAAACCAUUCUUAUCAAGAGUUCCUUCCUGUUUUGCUUUUACUACUGUAUUUUUACUGGAGAUGUGAAACAAGAACAAGUUGUGAAGCAUCUUGGUACACCAUUUGAACAUCUUCGUCAUCAGAAAUCUAUUAUGAGAAAUGCUUUGUUGA